AUGGCAACGCCUUACUCCAAGACUGCGGAUGGCUUCGAACGGCAGUUCGGUGUCAAUCAUUUAGCGCACUAUUUGUUGACUACGUUGCUUCUCCCAACGCUGGAGUCCAGCAGCACGCCUCAGUUCAACUCGCGUGUGGUCUGUGUCUCAUCUUCUGCACAUCGGUACGGCCAAGUCCGCUUCGACGACUACAACUGGGAGACUCCUGGCGCAUACGAGCCGUUUCAGGCAUACGGCCAGUCAAAGACGGCGAACAUCUGGAUGGCAAACUACCUCGACCGCGUGUACGGGCCGCGCGGUAUUCACGCUCUGUCUUUGCACCCUGGUGGUAUUUGGACAGGCUUGCAGGCCUUCACGCCGUCCGAGACGCUGGCUGCUUGGAAGAAGGAGCCGGAAGUGGCCUCAAUGAUGUUGACCCCCGAGCAAGGGGCCGCGACAUCGGUCUGGGCAGCCGUUGGCAAAGCCUGGGAGGGCAAGGGCGGAGAGUAUCUGUCGGAAUGUGCAAUUGCGCCGCCAGCCAAGGAGCUGUCGUCGGCGAUGGGUUCUGGGGCAGCGGCUUAUGCUCAUGACACAAAAGGCGAGGACCGACUUUGGGAACUGAGCAGGACGCUGGUUAGUUUUUGA